UCUCAGACCCCUGCAGAGGGUUGGAUAAUGGGUGGAGGCUGGACUUUCUCAAACAUUAGUGGGUGCUCUGCUGUAGUGUGAACUAUAGAAGAGAAGAGUUUCUGUUAUCAUGGCUGCAAGGUUUUGUGGAAGCCUCUUUCUGGCAGUCCUUCUCAGCGGAGCUAAUGCAUCAAGGCCAGUUUUAAACCAGGAGCUAUCCAAUAUCUUCAAUGAGCUCUGGAGCCUGGAUGUGAAUCGCAUGACGCCUGGGAUAGACUACACCAUCUCUGUUCAGAGUAGAGCAGGGUUUGUGAACCAGGGCAGCCAUGUUGUAAUGGAUCACGCCUCACUGCCUCUUUUCUCCAACGUAAACGAGAACAAAAUGAGGAACACUACCACUUUUUCUCGCUUCAUGAAACUCUUGGACAACUAUGAACGAUCAACAGGUAUCACAGAGCGAGUCACUCCAGAGGAACAGACAGAAAUCAGUCUUUUUCUGGAUGCUGUUUUAGAGACACAGGUCAUGAAGCGGGCUCAUCAGUACCUGGUGAGCAAAGGGAAGUCCAGCUCGGACAUCACGCAGUUUAAGAGUCAACUCAACUUGAUCUGGUUCCAUCUGUACCACCGACAGAGAAACACAGGCCCAGACUCUUGUGGAUUUGAACACGUCUUUGUUGGUGAAACCAAAUCUGGAACAGAAAUUAUCGGGUUUCACAACUGGGUCCAGUUCUACCUGCAGGAGAAAAACAGCCACUUGGACUAUAAAGGCUACAAGGCCAGAGACCACGACUUGCCUGAUCAGGACGACCAUGUCCUGAACCUCCAGUUCAGCUGGCACGGUGUGGUGAAGCCCGUCGGCAGCGCCUUCAUCGGAACCAGCCCCGAGUUCGAAAUGGCCCUCUUCACCAUCAUCUUCCUUAUGAACACAGAGCGAAGCACAACUGUGCUGGUCAACAUCGAUCAGUGUCAAAUGGAGCUGGUGGUCAUCAGGCAGGGCCGCUGUCUGGGGACUGCCUACCCCAAACUGCUCAGCAGCAACAGCAGACACACGGGGCAGCACUCACACUGACUC